CAACAAAUUCCUCUCUUCUACAGCGUUGCAUCUACUGCAGUGAAGGACGGAAGGUAAUGGAUCAUCAACAGGAGCAGGAUCCUCCAACAUUUAACAGUAAAUCGCUCGAGAAGAAGCCAGGAAUUCUCGUUCUUGGAUCUCCCAAUGUCGGGAAACGUGCCCUUAUCGCUCGACUACUUUCAGUAGAUUCUGAAGAUGCCUUCGAAUCAUCUUCUAACAUCCUAUCCUAUCCGUGGACAAUCAACACCAAGUAUUAUAAUGCUGAUGUUUCUGUUUGGAUGGCCCAUCUUCAUGAGGACUUUUCCAUUGGAGCUCUGCCAGCAUAUGAUCAGCUUGUUGCAUUGGUGAUGGUCUUCGACGUUACUGAUCUCUCAUCUUUUGUUGCACUUAAAGAUUUUGUCUCCCGCACUGACACCCUUAAGUUUGAGAUUUUGUUAUGCAUUGGCAACAAAGUGGACCUUCUUCCUGGUCAUUCUGCACAUGUUGAAUACAGACGGCGCCUGUUGAAAAGUGCAAACUCCUCUGGUAGCCCUUAUACAGAAAUGGAUUCUGGAAUUUCUGAAACAGAAGGAAGCAGUCUACUAGGAGAUGAUGACGAUUCAUUUGAUACUAAAAGGUCCUACUUGGAAUGGUGCCUCGAACACAGCAUAGAAUAUGUUGAAGCCUGUGCAUCAAAUGCUGAAUUUGACAAAUGUCUUUCUGUGGAUGGUGAUUCUCAGGGCGCUGAACGGCUCUUUGGGGCACUUUCAGCUUAUAUGUGGCCUGGAAUGAUCUUGAAGUCUGGUGAUAAGAUUACUGAACCUUCAUUACCUGAACAUCAAGAGUUGUCAGAUGAAGAAUCUGAUUAUGAACUUGAAUAUGAAAUCUUAUCUGCUGGCUCGGCUGAUCCCUGGGAUGACACAGAUAUAGGAUGGGUAUCUGCAGAUGCUCCCGUUGCAACCACUGGAACCGAGGGAUCAGUUCCCAAUGGAAAGAGUGAAAUCGGGUUAAUUAGAGGAGAAAUGCAACCCUCAUCUUCUACAUCUCAAUUGGAAGGAGAAAGUGACAGAAAAGAACUGCCCAGAGCAGAUGCAGCUGAUGGUGAUUCAGAGGAUGAUAAAGGAACAACAUAUGAUUUUGAGAAUUUGGAACAGUUAAUGUCCGAGAUUGGGAAUGUUCGAGACAGCUUAAGGUUAAUGCCAGACUUCCAAAGGAGGGAAAUGGCUGCAAAUUUGGCAAUGAAAAUGGCUGCCAUGUUUGGUGAUAGCAGUGGAGAUGAAGGAGGAUUGGAAUGAUAGGAGAAACCCUUUAAAGUUGACUGAUCACGAAUGCCUCAGUUUCACUUCUUGUAGUGCUGUUCAUAGACUGAAGGAAUCUCAUAAGCACAUUGUGCAUUCAUGUCAAGUGAUAUCGACAAGAUAUUUUAUCAAAGAUAUCUGCUAUAAAAUUUAUGGAUCUAAUUGUGUUUAUGAUGCAAACGCAUCAGUAUUUACAAGUCCUAACAGGUGAUUGGAGAUGGUA